AUGGCAUCACCUACUCCUUCUGUCCUAGAUUCCUCAUUAUUUGGAUCUCGUCAGUUAGAGUCCUUUGGAGACCGAGCACAACCGGAAAACGUAGGCACUGAGGGCAGUCUUUGCCCCGAAACAUAUACAGCUCAAAAAGUUUUACCUUGUUUACGCACUUUCUGCGAAACUUGUCGUGAAAAACUAACAGAAAACCACGAUAAAAUCCAUUGUCCCAAGUAUGAACAGGAUCGUGCUCUUUUAUCUCAAGGUAACGCCAUCAGCAAUGUGCUUGAAACCUCUGCCUUAGAAGUUUCUCAUCCUUGCACUGGUUGCAAGGCAAAAGAUACUCACGCUGUUGCUCUUUGCUUUGAUUGUGACAAUUAUUUGUGCCGAAAUUGUGUCAUGGCUCAUCAAUUUAUGAAUUAUUUUGAAGGUCAUCAUAUUUUCAAUCAUAAUGAGAAGUUCGACAAAGAUGACUUUAAAACAGAUAAAGUGAAACGUUGUCCUCGACACAUGAUGGAAACGCUCAGAUCCUUUUGUAAAGCAUGUAAUACACCAAUUUGCAAAGAAUGCAUGAAGAAUGAUCAUCCAAAAGGUCUCCAUGAUUACAAAUCUCAAGAAAUACUUGAGGAUUUGCUUGAAAGGAGCAAAACCAAAACGAAUGAUUUAAGAAGUGCUGCCAAAUCUGUAGAAGAUUUUUCAUCACGUCUGCAAAUGCAGUAUCAUAAAGCACAAACAAAAAUCGAUGACACUUUUAAUUUUUAUUGUUCUGUAUUGGAAGAACGUAAAGAAGAACUGAAGAAAGAGCUUGACGAUCUGUAUAAUACUAAGAUGGUUUCUUUAACUUUAAUGGAUAAAGUCCAAGAAAUGAUAGAAAGGGCUCAACAAACGCUUCUGUUUGUUGAUCGCAUUAAGAAGAGAUUCUACAGCAAUUCAGAAAUUUUAAUGUUUAAACAGCUUCUUGACUCUAAAUUACAGAGUAUUAUUUCGUAUAAUCCUGAAGUCAAUAUGCAAUCUUUAGAUCUUGAGUUCCUGUCCAAUCACCAGGCCAUCCAAGUUGGUGUUCGGAACACGUUUGGAUAUAUUCGCCAUAAUUCUGAAGAUGUUCCAACUACUAAGGCACAAACAAUUGCAAGGCCAAAUGGUGUGGUUAAUUCUGAUCGUACCUAUCAAAAUGCGCAUGCCUAUGAGUCAAACAUCAUAUCUAAAAGUUCUGCAAAUAGCCUUGGUUCUGCAAAUAGCCUUGGAGCAUUUUCUACAAGUUUGGGUGGUAUGAAAUGGUCCAGUGAAAUGGUGCAGUCUGAAAUGGUCCAGUCCCCAUAUGAAAACUGGUCCAGUGGAACAGCUGACUUAUUUCAUCUGACUAGUGAACCAGCUGUUGAUUUUUCACCCAAAUUCAUUUCUCCCAGCAUGUAUCCCAUAAGAUCUCAAAUUAAAAGGCAAAAAAUGAUUUAUCAUUGUAAGUUUGGAGACUUUGGUGUUAUGGAAGGACAAUUUACUGAGCCUAGUGGUGUAGCAGUUAAUGCCCAAAAUGAUAUCCUAGUAGCAGAUACAAAUAAUCACAGAAUACAAGUUUUUGAUAAAGUAGGAAGAUUUCAAUUUCAAUUUGGAGAAUGGGGAAAAAGAGAUGGACAGUUGUUAUAUCCCAAUAGAGUUUCUAUUGAGAAAACAUCUGGAGACAUUAUUGUAACAGAGAGAAGCCCUACUCAUCAAAUUCAAAUAUAUAAUCAAUAUGGACAGUUUGUUAGAAAAUUUGGGGAUAAUAUUCUUCAGCAUCCUCGAGGAGUGGCUGUUGACAUUAAUGGUCGAAUUAUUGUCAUUGAGUGUAAGGUCAUGAGAGUGAUAAUCUUUGACCAACUUGGUAAUGUCUUGCAGAAAUUUGGUUGCUCUAAACAUAUAGAGUUUCCAAAUGGAGUUGUAGUGAAUGAUAAGGAAGAAAUAUUUAUUAGUGAUAACCGAACACACUGUGUGAAGGUAUUUAGCUAUGAUGGAGCAUUUCUUCGUCAGAUAGGAGGUGAGGGUCUUACUAACUAUCCCAUUGGUGUCUGUAUUAAUCAGAAUGGUGAAAUUUUAGUAGCUGACAAUCACAACAACUUCAACAUUACAAUAUUCACAGAAGAUGGACGAUUAGUGAAUGCUUUUGAAAGUAAAGUUAAGCAUGCCCAGUGCUUUGAUGUUGCUUUAAUGGAUGACGGCUCAGUUGUCCUUGCUAGCAAGGAUUACCACUUGUACAUCUAUCGUUAUAUGUAGAUUCCAUGUUUAGGAAUUUAAACUAUGUGGAAAUCAUCUUUAAUGAA